GGAAUAUUUUGCUUUGAAUUACAGAACUAUUCUUUAAAGAAAAAUAAUUUCCAAAAGUUAUCUUUAAAAAAACUAUCACUGAGACUUUAAAGUGUAAUGCUUGCAAGGAAGGAAAUGCUAGAUUUGUUUUCAAGUUUUGUUAUUUCAUGAGAAAGCAGUAUUUAAGUACAAGAAAAUACAGCAGUCGAUCUCAUCAUUUAGAGCAUAGCAGAGAGAUGCAGUGAAAUGCAGCUAAGGUCAUGAGACAUGCGUUGAGUGAUCUUUUCUAAUGUAUGUUUACUUGAUUUUGCUUGUAGCCUAAUACUUCUGUCAUUUGUUUUUUAGUAUGUAGUUAAAAGUUAGUAGGAAAAAGUGGAGAAGGAAACUGACAUAAAAAGCUUAGCUAUCAAGAUAGAUGGCACUGUUUCUGUGAUUACCUGAUCCUACUUUUAUGCCCUUAUUUUAUGUUACUGUCUUCAUAGUGUCUUACAGUAUCUCAAAUAUUUUAACAUAUAACACUAUGAUUAUUUCAUUAUUAGACUGUGGGGACUAUGUUUGCCUCUUAAUAUGAGGGGCAUUUACAUUUUGAUAUUGAAAAAAAACCCCACUUCCCUUUUCAAAGUCAAUAGUUGGUGGUAGGAAUUCUGUCACAAGGCACUGUAACUGUUAAACAAGUCAGUUGUAACUUACACUUUCCCUGAAAAUUCUGACUAUAUUACAGUGGGUUUGUGCUUUCUUAUAAGAUUGCCUUUCAGAAGCGUUACAUACUGAACAUAAAAGUGGAAGCUCCCUGGUACACAAAGGUGACAUGGACAGCUUACUGGAAAAUACAACUGUUUCUUUAUCCAGAUGUUCUUUAGAGUCAGAAUUUACUGAAAGUGGAAGAGAGAAGAGCAUCAGAUCUUCUGGUGAUUUUCUGCAGACUUAUAAAGACUGGGAUUGUUUUGAUGGUGAGCAAGAUUCUUUCUGUGGUUCAAGUGGUCUAGAAAUAGAAGAAAAGACCAUUAAUUGCACUGAAACUGAUGUAAUUCAAAGUACAGCUAUAUAUGUGAAAACAGGCGGUACCUUACCAUCCCAUUUGGCUGCCAAUAUACAAGAAAAUAGUGGCCAAAAUAUUACCAAUUGUUUGGUAAGGAAAAUAGUGAGUGGAACUGAUGCUCAAGCAUGUGAUAGUAAAAGCUUAAUACCACCUCACAUCAGUCAAAUUUAUGAUGAAUUACUUGUCAUACUUCAGAAGCUCCAGAGAGAAAGUUCAGCACAGCAGAAGUAUGCUCUGCAACUCCAGAAACGAGAGUGUUUUCUAACAGAGCGAGAAGCAUUGCUUUUUAGACGUGAAGCAGCUUUGGCUAAAAUAAAAGGCGUUGAGGAAGAAGUUCACACAAAAUUUGGAAUUGUGGAAGAGCAACACAAGGCAGAAGUUAAACAGCUGACAGAAGCCUUAAGAGAAAUAACUAAAGAAAACAGGAGGCUGAAGUCAUCAUUUCACACCUUGAAGAAAAUGAAUGACUCUUUAAAAAAACAGUUAAAUGAUGUAACUGAGCUGAACAAGAAGUUGGAAGGUCAAGCAAGAAAAGUACAAGCUCGUUUAGAGAAUCUACAAAGGAAGCAUGAAUUUUUAGUGGUGCAGAAGUCUAAGGAUAUAUGUCAAGUGGUGCAACAAAGGAAACCUGUCAAGCAGGCAAAAGCAAUGGUAACAUCAAAAAUUGCUAAGCUACCAUUGAAUUCACAAGUUUAUGAGCUCUUAGCUUUUCUUAUGGAUUGGAUCUCAGACGAGCACCUUAGCAAAAUAAAAAUACAAGAAGAAAGAGAGGAUAGUCAUAAACUUCUGGUUACCCAGACCUCCAAAAAAGUCUGCAUCCAGGAAAGCUGUAUGAAGCUUUUGCCUAUAGCUACUGAGCAACUCCAGUGGAUGCCAUUUGUGAAUCCUAAACUGCAUAUACCUGUGAUUAGAUUUAUUUACUGGUCAAUAAGACAGCUAGACGCUGGUAUUCAGCAUGCAACAAUGAAAUCAACAAUGAGGAGACUUGGUGAAGAUAUUUUCAAAGGCAUAGUAAGUAAGGGAAACCCACAUAGUUCUUCUGAACAGUCUACAGAGAGUAAAUCAAAAUCGGCAGCUUUCUUUAAGAGUUCCUGUAUGCCUUUGAGAUUUCUGUCAACUUUAAUUGUGCUUAAAACAGUGACACAAGUGGAUUACCUGGCUCAGGCGUUUGAUUCCCUUUGCAUAGACUUGAAGACAGAUGAAGGAAAGGCCUUAUUUUUGGAAUACCAAUGUGUGCCUGUCAUAUUAAGUCACUUAAAAGUAUCCAGUAGAGGUCUUCUUUCCAGUGCUCUUGAUGGAUUACUUCAGAUGACCAUGGAAUCUGAUAAAAAUCACUCACUGCCUUUUAGAACAGAAGAGGGGAAGGGUCUGCUGCUAUUUUUGACGUAUGUGUUGCUAUUUUGUUCCUUACAGCCUUUCCUGGAAGCCUGCAGUCAUGAAUCCUUCUUCCGUGCUUGCUCUGUAUUGCUUCGAAGUUCUAAGCUAGAUAUUCAGAUUUUGGAAAAGCUCUGUGUUAUACUGCAAAAACUCUCCAAAAUAAAAAGCAAUAAGAAGAUGUUUGAAUUGUUUGCUCUUCACCAAAUGAUCCAAGAACUGCAUAGGGCUACAAAUCCAGAUCAUGCUUUCCUCUGUAUAAACCUCAAUUCAAUUCUGUUGAAUUUGGGAUCGUUGAGGAGUAACUCUCUUACCUCCAGUCUAAGCACAAGUCACUAGCAUUAUCUUUCUAUCUGCCUGUUGCUCUGCGUAAUUUAUACCACCUGCAUAUGUUACUUGAAAUUUGGAAUUUUUUUUAAUACUGUUUUAUAUAAAUAAAUUAAGCAGAACCUCAGUACUGUAUAAGUUACUUUGUAUCUUGUGGAAUCUCACUGAUACUUGCCUCUUUCAUAAAAAGGAAAUUGAAAAAUUGCAUAAUAUGAUAAAUCACUUUUCAGUACUUUUUAAAGUGAACUAAUGUUGCUGUUCUGAAUGACUCAUGCAAUCUAAGGAAUUGGAUCCCUUGAGUAAGCAGAUCAGAAAUACCAGCCUUUCCUUACAGGUAUGAAUUUUAGUUACUUUUAACUCUUCAGAGAGUUUUACAAAUUCAUUUCUUUUUAUGGUUGAUAAGUAAAAGACAGGUAUCUUUUGAGAUAAUUACACUUUUAAUGAUUAAAACCAGAUUUUGCUUUAAUAUAACUAGACAUGUUGAAUGAGAAAUUUUGUUUUGAUUUCAGAAUGUCAUAGUGUUUGAUCUUUUCCUGUAUUUCUGUAGCGUUUAGUAUUUUGUCCUGCUUCGAAUGAAUUUCUAGUGUAACUUUGAGAUGUAGUAUCUCUACAAAAGUAAAUAAAAGCUUUUCUUAAAAUACCUGGUAAUAUUGAUCCCUGAUGUAAAAAUUAUUGUAUUUUAUUGUUUCUGCUAUAUUUUGUCUUAAUUUGCAAUACAGUCCUCAUAGUAUCCACAUUUCUGAGUGCAAUGAAUAUGUUUUUUGUCUGCCACCGUUCAGUGUUCACAAGUUCUUACUCAUAGGAAAUAAGAUACUUUUUAAAAAUUCAACUUAGUCUUCCAUUUCUGAUUUGUACUGUAAUUACUGAAACUCUGUAAUUGUAAAAUUGAAACGGCAGUUAAAAUUUAAAGAUCUGUUGUAUGUUAGUCUUUGAAUAACACUGGCAAUCAAUAUAAAACUUCAGAGGGGUUUACUUCUCAUUUUCAUACUUUUUUUUUUUUGUUUUCCUUUGGUUUUUUUACCAGAAGUCUUUGAACUGAGUCUUUGAAGUUUAAUUCUAACUGCAAAUAUUUUUCUAGCAAUUUGAUGUACAUUUCUGACACACUUUCCUAUGAAAGGCCUCUACACCAGAUUUGGCAGAGUAUGAAGGGAGAGCAAGCAGUGCAUGCUUUUUGGGCAGGAAACCAAUUUUAGGUAAUUUUUAAAUAACACUAUUCAUAGCUAAAAGCUUUUGCUGACAGUGUUUUGGAAUAAGUAUUUCUUCAUCAGUAGUUUUGGUUUUCCGUCAGAUUUACCAGCAGUGCAAAAUCUUGCAUAUACCUUUGGCUGGAGACAAAAUUCUCAUAUUUAGGAAGUGUGUUCCCAGUCCUUAUGUGCUUCUCCAUCUGUUUGGUCAUUAAAAAUACUAGAAAAUUAAUAACCAAAAAAAGCUAUAGAAAGUUGUUAGGUUUCCUGUAUCCACAGGAAUGUUGAUUGUGCUCUUGGCUUUCAAACUUCAUCACUGUUAAUCUGCUAAUCUUCCUUGUGGUACCAAUUUAACACAAUGUGUUCAUCUAAUAAUGGCAAAGGUAAUGCAAUAAAAGAGGUGCAUAGAGUAUGGUGUAGUUUUUACUAUUGGUCCCUUGUGGUUUAUAUGCAGUAGCAUUUACAGCCUGAAAAGAUGAAUCACUGUUAAUUUCAAGUUUUUAUCAUCUAGAAUGUUUCUGUUAAAAUGCAAAAAAAAAAAAAAAAUUGAAUCUGUUAAAUAUUAAUGCAGUUAAAUUGAUGAACUAAGGAUGAGACUAAAAAUUUUGAUUUUUAAGUGAAUUUAACUAAAUAUUCUUUCUGUGAAGAAAAAUACAAGUUCUUGAUUUCACAUUCAUGUUACAGUAAGCACAAACAGAAAUAAAUUAAUUCUACAAAUAAAUAUGAAAUGUCUUGUGAGGAAUAGUUACUUCUAUAAAUUAAAAAAGCUAUAAUAAAGUUCCAAAAUGUGUAUGUCGAUUUUCAACUCAGGAUAAUAAUUCUUGCGCAGAAAAUGGAAGUCACAAAUACACUUUAGUAGAGUCAUACAGAGGCUAGACUUGCAAUGGUAGAAGUGAUUUUUUUUUUUUUAAGCCAGUUGUUGACAGACAACUUACAGUAGUUCCUUAGGACAUUGUCAUAAAACUUUCAGUGAAUAUCUUUAAAGAAUAUAAACCAUGCCAUGGUUUUUCCCAGAUUUAUUACUAAUCAAUCCUGUUAAUGCAGAAAUAUUUAUGAAGCCUCCUAAUAUCUAGAAAGGUAGAACAGUGAUGGAUUUGGAAUUGGUUUUAUUUGCGUUGGUUUAUUUGCAUCAGGUUUUCAGUUUGCGUUGGAUUGCAUCUUUAAGUGUGCAUGGUUUUAUGAGACCUGCAGACUAUAAAUACAAGUGGAAAGACUGUCUUACAACAACAUGAUUUCAGGAUCCAAGACUUCAACGGAAGUAAAAUGCCUGUCUACCAAAAAUGGAACUAAAAUGACUGGAAAUUAGAAACUGAAAUAGAGAUUUUAGAUCUAUUCUGUUUAAAGUUGUAAUUGAUUAUCUAGAGUAAGCUAAUUAAUAAUGGUUUCUACAUUAAAAGCAUAGAUAACCUG